AUGCAUUGCUGGGCCACCAGUGCAUCCUCCUGGCUCUCCACGGGAUUGGGGGGGGAGCUCCCGGCCGGGGCUGCGGGGUGCGGGGUUCGAGAGCGAGGUGGGGCAGGGCCGUGCCAGGUGGGGGAUGGUACCCCCACCCUCCCGGCAUGA